GCACUGGAGUGACUGCUUCCUACAAGAACGGUAUGGAAUUACCUGAGCAAUCAGCAGAGAUAAGGGAGGCUGUGGCAAGCAUUGCCACUGAAUCUAAAGAGGACAUCCCGAUAUCUGAUGUCUUGACGGAUGAAAUCAACAGACAGAUCUCACCACCACGUCACCUCUCCAUGGAGCAGAGUUCUCCGCUCAGAGGCAGUACUAGUCCCUCGCAACCCUUAAGACCAUUAACUGCUGUUCUUCAACCUUUCCAUCCGCCUGUAUGCGAUUUCCCUAUUUCCAGCCACAACCUAUGCCAGGUUUUGUAUCAGCUGAAAGGUAAUACACAGAUGUUGGUCAUAAAUGGUACAAAUCCUGGGCAACUGAAAGCAGUCCAUGUCGUUCCUUCUGGUCAGCUGCUGGACAACAAAUCCCAGUGCAUCCAGUUCAGUUCUUUGGCUGGUUCAAUGGAAAAUACUGCAAUCCAUCCAGGUGAAGUGGCUGGUUUCUUCGGAAAAGUGUUACCCAUGUCAACACCACAAUCCUCAAGCUUGAACAUACAACAGGGACAGAAUUCAGGACUGAAAGUGGCCCAGCCUUUAUCUCAGCAGUGUAUGUCUCCAAUUUCCUUUCCACCAAUCAGGCCUGGCCUCCCGAAUCUAACUACUGGGUGUGCAAAGGAUCCAACAACAAACAACAGCAAUUUAGGAUACACUGUGGUACCUGCAGAAUAUCUAACACAGCUGCAGCAAGCAUCUGGUGGUCCAAUCUCUGAAAAUGGCAGUCUUGCCUCCGAGACUAGUGCCCAUAUCCCUUCGACCAUAUCUCUAACAAGAUUGCCAAUAAUGACAACAGACUCAAGAUCUAAGAAACCCUGUAACUGCACCAAGUCCCAGUGCCUCAAACUAUACUGUGAUUGUUUUGCCAAUGGAGAAUUUUGUAGCAACUGCAACUGCACAAACUGUUUUAAUAACUUUGAGCAUGAAGCAGAAAGAUUCAAAGCUAUCAAGGCAUGUUUAGAUCGGAACCCAGAAGCCUUCAGACCAAAAAUAGGAAAAGGAAUGCUUGGAGAAAUCAAACUGCGGCAUAACAAAGGUUGCAACUGCAAACGUUCAGGAUGUCUGAAAAAUUAUUGUGAAUGUUAUGAGGCAUCCUUUUACCUUUGUUACUUGGGACGUCAUAGAUGCUACUUGCGGCUGUCUCUUGGCCCAGGCAGAAGAAGCAGAGAAAGCCUAUCACUCUCUCUCCGUAGCAGAACAUAUGAUCCUCGAAGAAUUCGGCCGUUGUUUGGCACAAAUCCUCCACUCAGCAUGGAAAUCAAAAGAACUGCAGUGUUUGUGAACUUUAAAUUCUCUCUGUAAUAGAUAGCACUUUGUAACAUUUAUGUGCAGAUAAUUAGUUUCAUCUCACCAUUUCAGUCCUCAAUUUGUGAAUUGUGAUUGUUGACAUUGGGAUAAGUAUACCUUUUUUAUGGGGUAUAGUCAGUACUCAAAUUUACUGCUAAAAAAAGUUUCUUCACAUAAUCUCAGUUUUAACCUCAAACAUUUUAUGAAAAGAUGUGAUGUUGGGAGCUUAUAUUAGGGCUGUAUUCCUCUGGUUACUAUGCUAUUUGUAGAGGCCUUAUAAAGUGUAUUUAUCAAGAUUCUAUAAUGUUACUAUUGCUAUCAGACAUCUGCUGAAUGAAUUGUUUUAGCAUUUGACUACACAUACACAAAUGGGAAUUUGGCAAAGAUGUAGUUAUAAUAUCUCUACAGAAAAGAAACAGAAAAAUCAAUGAAAAUAGUUAGUAUUGCUCUGACUAUAAUGUUGCUAGUAACCUUGUUAAGUUUUAAAAUAUAAUUCAAGCUGAAAAAAUAGUAUUGACUUCUUUGAUCCCUCAAAUCCCCUUCAACUUCCCUGCUCAGCGUGCAACACUGACAUGUCCCUGAGAGACAUCAACAUUUGUGACAACCUCCAUAACCAACCUACUGAUAGAAACAUGAAGAGAAUAGCCACAGAGUCAUGUCAGUGCACAUGCACUAAAAUAUUACAACAAAUGGUACAAAUUUGUUUAAAUAGCAUUUGAGCAAGACAGACUUUAGAAAAAAAAGUCACCGCAGCAAUAGAACUAUAAUGAGCUUUGUUCCUUGGUUAGGGAGGGGAACAUCAGCUAAGAUUCCUCGUUCUGAUUGUUAUUCCUUUGAUAGCAAAUGCAAGUGUAUGUUAUUGUCAGCUGAGGAUAGCAUGAAGCUGAGCAGCAAUGCCUCACCAACAAUACUCUCUUGUUAUCCAAACUGACACAUCAAUAAUGUGUGAGGGUGACUGUGGAAAUGCAGACCUGACAAGAGUCUGUAUCUUCUGAACAGCAGGUGAAGAAAAUAUGAACCCAAAAUUAGUGUAAUUGUUUUUGAAAAUUUGAGGCAGCCAGUUAAAAUUAUAGUUGCCAGCAGCACUACCUUUAGUUUGAAAUUAAAAAUUGAGAUAGUAAGCUGGUUACAAUAUUCAGCUUUCCCAGUAGCUCAUCAACUGCUCACUACAUUUUAGAAGUUUUAGACUGAAACAAGAACAUUACAAUAAAACCCAUUUGUUCAAAUCUGCUUGCAGUAUUACCAGGGACAUAUUUUAACACAGUUAUACCAUUUAGAAAUUACAGCAAAAGUGACGACUGAAAAUAAGCUGAGCAGGUGACUCAAUUGAUUAAUCCAGUGCUCAGUGGGGGUCCAAGCAGGAAAUCAAACGGUCCCUGAUUCAAUUCAUUCAGGACGUUGAAUUCAGCAUUCUCAGGAGACAUUGCCAGAAGUCCAGCAAGCUAGGGAAGAGAAAAAAAUACACAGCUUUAUUGCUAUGACUCUUGCAAUCAAAUAUAUUGUAUGGAGAGUAGGAUAAAGAUCCUCUGCAGUACCAUCCAUGGUAAAUAUCAUGUUGACCCUCAUUGUCAUGAAGAAUGAGUAUUUGGCUGAGACACAGAUGACACCUAUGAAACAUUUCUGCUCAGGUCAGCUUUACACUUAUAGUAAUAAAAACUUGCAAUGAUAAUCUUUUUUGAAACACUCUUAUCCAUAGAAAGAAGAACACGUAAAAUCAACAACAUAAUUGUACCACAUCGUCAGUCAUGCAUUUCAUUCUGUACACUCUACAAAUAUGUGCAGUGCUGACAAUAACAAGAAGCUCUCAUUAUUUGUGGGAAAUUAACUUUAUCUUAGUGCUAUGCCCAGUGCAUCAUUUCCUGUUAACAGGCAUCCUGAGAGAUUUCUAAAGAAUGGGGUAUAAAUGAGGAACUAAAAUCAAAACAGUUAUUGACAAGUAACAAUUUGUGGCUUGUGGAUUUUAAAUUAUUUAAUGAAAUAGCUUUUAAAUUAUUUAUUAAAAAGUGUUUUACAUUAAUUUAUUGACAAAUGUUUUAAAUGAAUUUAUUGGAACAGAUUGUAGAUAAAUGAAUUGAGGGAAGUCUUUUUAAUACUUCAUGGAAAUUUUACAGUACAUUUAUUUUUAAAAAUUAAUAUCGUUAAAGGAUUACUUAAAUGAUCUUUAAUUCAU